GCCUUAUCACCAUUAAGAGAUGCUGCUACUUCGCUUUCUUCAACUUUUCUGCGCACUGGUUCCUCUGAUAGAGUGGACAUUGAUCCCGAUCUUUCUUCUACAUCAGAAAUUCUCACCACCGGAUCCAUAAACGACUCUUCUAACCUCCUUGUUGAUAUUUGUAAGGCUGUUGGGCUGAUGCGUUCACGAGCCCGCUUUAUCCGCCGUCGUCUUCCAAAUAACAUACAGGAGCAUCCAUUAAUCUUUGGUCCUGAGGUAGCUGCCAAUAUUGAGUUGGCAUUGCGGUUGUUGGGAGAUACGGUUCUUAUCUUGUAUGGCGCUGUCGUAAAUGCUGCUCAGAUGGCAUCCAACCAAACGGUAUUUUUAGGACUGUUUUUUUAA